AUGAUCUUCACCUUGAUAACAGCUUUGCUCUGGACCUGCAGUUUGAUCUCCGUCUCUGUUUCGGAGUUCCACACUGUGGAGGUCCAGCCUGGUGAACAAGUCACACUCAUGUGCUCCAACUUUACCAGUUUUAUCUCUCACAUAUUCUGGUUCAGACUGACCAGCAGAGCCAACAUCAGCUGUAUCUCCUCUAUGUUGACCUCUGAUACCAAAGCUUCGCUCCGUGAUGGAUUUCAAAGUGGCAAAUUUAAUAUGACCUCCAACACGUCUACCCUCUUUCUUACCAUCCAACCAGUGGAUGUGUCUGACUCUGGACUCUAUUUCUGUGGACUUAAUGCAGAUGGAAACUCAGUAGUUGUCAGUGCAACAUAUUUAAAUGUACAAGAGGUGUCUGCUGAAAUAACGAGCCUGACGAGUGUGAUCCUGGGUGCUCUGCUUAUUUUCCUCAUUGCAGUCAUCAUUGGUCUGGUUGUCAAAAUCAGGAAACUUCAUCCAGCUCAUACAGAGGGACAGAAUCUACACCACAGUGAGAACCUGGGCUCUGAUGAUCUGAACUAUGCAGCGCUGAGUUUCCAUCAAAGAGCAAAAAGCAGCAGAAGGCCUCCAUCAGAGAACCAGCUGGAGCCACAUGUUGUGUAUGCUGCCACCAGAUAGACUCUGGAAACAUCUGGAACUGCAGCUCAGGAAACUGAUACUGAAAUAGGACCGCCACUGUGAUAAAAAAAAAAAAAGAUUUUGCAAUCUGUGCUACGAUUUUAUUUCUUCUUUCCAGCCAAAGUCUUUUUCUUACUCAUUGUGUUUGUCGUAGAUGUUAAUCUGAGAACAAUGUUCUCAUUUCCUUACAGUUCGACGGAGGUCUGCAGCAGUGAGUGAGGUACACAUCACUUGUUUGACAGGAAGAGACCGCACAGUGUGGUCUGAGGUGAAAAUCAUAAGGGCUGUUAACUCAAAGCUUUGUGAGAAUUGAAUCUGAA